AUGACUGACUCCAAAAAGGGCAGCGCAUACGGUGCCCCGGCUGGCGACACUGAUUUUCGAAAGACGUGGGAUCUGGACGAGUAUGCGGCCAAAGCCAAGGAACGCGAGGCCAAGGAGAAGGAGGAGGCAAAGGCGCGCUACGAAGCAAAGCUCGCUGGCAAGAAAUACCACAAGCCAUUAACGGGCGAUGAGACAUACACCACGGCCAGGCGAAAUGUCAUCGAUCUCACUGCACAAGUCGGCAAGACGCAGCUUGUGCCCGCCGGCGCCGGCGUCGGAAAACGCGGACGAAGCGCUGGUUUCUACUGCGAGUCGUGCGACCUCACAUUCAAGGACAACAAGCAGUUUAUCGAACAUUUAAAUACAACGCAGCAUCUGUUGAAUACCGGCCAAACGACGGAAGUGAAACGUGCUACAGUGGAGGAGGUUCACGAGCGCAUUUCGUACUAUAUUCGGAAGAAGGAAGAACUGGAGAAAGAAAAGGCCACGAGCCUGCAGGAAAGGCUGCACAUACGAGAGGAAGAGAGGGAAAAGGAGCUCGAGGAAAGGCGGCAACGAAGAAGAGACGAGGCGGAGAAGAAGCGGAAAGAAAAAGAGGAUGCUGCCAAGGUCAAGACAGAGUAUGGUGAGGAUGUGCGCAUCGAAGGAGAGCAUGACGAAGACGACAUGAUGGCUCAGAUGGGCUUUACCGGAUUUGGAUCAUCCAAAAAGUAG